AUGUUCUCCACGGCGACCGUGGUCACCAUCGGAGGCGGGGAGCAGGCCAGCUUCUGGGACUGUAACUGGAUCGGCGGUCGGGCUCUGAAGCUAUCCUUCCCUGACCUCUACAACCACUCCAUCCUUAAGAAUAGAUCAGUGGUUGCAGCGCUGCUCGGGGCCGGCUGGGUUCAUGAUCUGUGGCACGGCAACGUCAACAACAUCCUGCCGCAGUUCAUCCUGCUACCGCGGGUCAUCAGGGACGCACGGAUCACGCUGAUCGCAGGCCAGCACGAUGCCAUCAACUGCACGGCGGGGGGCGCUGAAUACUCGGCUCGUUUGGCCUAUGACAUGCAGUUCUCUGAUCGGCCGCGCACGGAGCUCGAGUCGCUGAUCUGUAAGGUGUGGACCACAGGACUGGUCAAAUUCUUUUGA